AUGUCACUGUGUCCAGAGCUUAGCUUCAAUGUGGACCAUGGGUACUUGGAGGGGCUGGUACGAGGACUGAAGGCCGGGAUACUGACUCGGUCCGACUAUCACAACCUGGCCCAAUGUGACACCCUAGAGGACAUGAAGCUGCACCUGCAGAGUACAGACUACGGCAGCCUCCUGACCGCUGGGAACGAGGACCUGACCGUGUCUCUCAUUGACCACAGACUGAAGGAGAACAUUCUGACUGAGUUCCGCUGCCUACGCGCUCACUCCCUAGCGCCCCUCUCCACCUUCCUCGACUACAUCACCUACAGUUACAUGAUUGACAACGUGGUGAUGUUGAUCACCGGUGCCCUGAAGCAGAGGGACGUGGCAGAGCUUCUGCCACGGUGCCACCCACUGGGGAUGUUUGACCAGAUGGCAGCGGUUGGCAUUGCCCGCACACCUGCUGAGCUCUACUGUGCCAUCCUGGUGGACACACCUCUGGCUCUGUUCUUCCAGGAUGCUGUGUCUGAGGCCAACCUGGAUGCGAUGGGUGCUGAGAUCAUGAGAAACAAACUGUACAAGGCUUAUUUGGAGGCAUUCUAUAAAUUCUGCCAGGAGAGUGGAGGAGCCACAAAGAACAUCAUGUGUCCCGUCCUGGAGUUUGAGGCCGACCGGCGUGCGUUCAUCAUCACAGUGAACUCGUUCGGGACAGACCUGAGUGGGGGGGAGAGGAGCGCCCUGUACCCCUCCUGUGGGAGACUGUACCCCGAGGGGCUCCGUCUCUUGGCCAGGGCAGAGGACUACGAGCAGGUCAAAGCUGUGGCCGACUACUACCCUGACUAUAAACUCAUAUUUGAUGAACCUGAGGCAGGAUCCUCCAGAACCCUGGAGGACAGAUUCUUUGAGCGGGAGGUGCAGCUGAACACGCUGGCCUUUCUGGAGCAGUUCCAUUUGGGCGUGUUCUAUUCCUACAUCAAGCUGAAGGAGCAGGAGGCUCGCAACAUCGUCUGGAUCGCAGAGUGUGUCACACAGAGACAGAAGUCUAAGAUCAACAACUACAUCCCCAUCUUCUAAAGGACAAACACACUGUCUGUUGUAGCAGUUACACACCUUUUUGUAUUAGUAGUAUUAUUAGCAACGGUUGUCAAAAUUGAUAAAAGGUUAAAAAAAAUACAAUUCUGAUAAAUGUAACAGCUGCAUAGAUACUCAACUCUUUUUU